GAUGAAAUCUUUCACUUGAUUGUUUUCAAAAUCAGUAUUUGAUAAAAUAUAACAUUAACACUCUAGGUUCUGCAUGUCCAUUCCUGUCGAGUAUGACCCAGAAGAACAUCCAAAGUGGUUUAAAUUAAAAGGGAUCAAGUACUGUCUUCGAGAUUCGGUUGUACUGAAUGGAGAAGAAUCGAAUGUUUAUUAUGCACUGAUCUCAAAAAUACAGAAGGAUAACCAGAUUCAAGUACAAUGGUAUUACCUGCCACACGAGAUGGUACUCAGCAGGGUGGAGAGAUCCAGUCUGCACCCCAACGAAAUAUUCAUCACACACACCACAGAUUAUAUUGAUGUGGAGACUAUCCAGAUGAAAGCCGCCAUUUUCCACACCAAGGGUUUUGCUCCUCCAAAGAAAGUGCCAGACACAUGGUUGAUACUGCGCCGGAGGUAUGAUCCUUAUAAAAAUACGGUAAAAAGCAUUGAUAUUGAGAAAGACGAUCUAAAGAGAGUUGAAAAGUUGAACACUUCCCUCUGUCCUGUGGAAUCAGAUGUUAAAUCUAAUUUUACCAGAAAAACACCUCAAGGGAAAACACCUUCCAGAAAAACACCUACCUCCCAAAAUAAAAGUGGUGGUAGAAGACAAACAAGACAUUCAACUGAUCCUGAAAUCGAGAUUAAAUUCAACAAAUCUUGUAAAAUAGCGUCUUCCAGCGAAGAUAACAUGCCUCAAACCAAACAGAAAACCAGCAUCAAACCAGCCGAAGCUGAUGAGCCAAGGAAAAGCUCCUACUUCUUUCUCUCCUCUGAAGAUGUUAAGAAUGAUUCUCGUCCGACUGUAACCCCAAAAAGGAAAAAGAUGACUGCUCCUCCUCCUCCUCCACAACUCAAGAUAAGCAGUGCUUCCUCCAAUACCAGAAAAUCUACCACUUCAAGGAGAUCUACAAAGUUAACAUCGGAGUUAGAAACAAUGUCUCUGAAUGUAUCCGACAAAGGGACUAGUACUCCUAAAGGGAGUCCUGUACUUCAAGUUAAUAAAGCUCUGGAACAAACACCAACACCGAAGACAACUCGAUCUGGGAGAAAAGUUAAACCUGUUGAAAACUUCUACUCUUUACAAUCCUCCUUGGCUAUGGAGGCUUUGAUGAAAUCAAAUUUGCUUAAACAAGUAAGCGAAGAUACAGAUUCCCAGGAUGACAACGAAGUCUCCUUCAAAGAAAACAAACCGCCAGUUAAGAAGUCUAAAGCCAAGACCACUAAAGUUGCCACCACAACAUCGAAUAAAAAGAAGAGAGCAUCACAUCGGAGAUGCUCGAUAGAAAGUACUGAUUCUGAUGAUGAUGAUUACGAAGCGAAGAAGAUUAAGAGGAAGAAGACACCCCUCAACAAGAAUAUGAGGACUCCUCGAGCAAACAAGAAUCUAAAACCUGCUCCUCUUGAUACGCCAUGUGUUAUCCCGCUCAGAGCGGCUGGACAAAGUAAAGAAACGUCGUUCAGUAUCGCCCGGUCUCGGCUCCAUGUAUCUGCUGUACCCGAAUCUCUUCCUUGCCGAGAGGAACAGUUUGCUGACAUAUACUACUUCCUGGAGAGUAAGCUAGAGGAUCAGACAGGGGGCUGCAUGUACAUUAGCGGGGUUCCUGGAACAGGAAAAACAGCAACAGUGCGUGAUGUGUUAAAACACAUAAACGAUGGUGACUAUGAUUACCAAACUAUUGAGAUAAACGGCAUGAAACUCAGUGACCCAAAACAGCUCUACUCUCUUAUAUACAGGCAUCUGGAAGGAAAGAAGGUAACUCCAGAUCACGGUAACCUGCUACUGAGCGAAUAUUUUGGUAAAUGCGAGAAGAAGUCUAUCGUGCUCGUUGUUGAUGAGUUGGAUCUACUGUGGACGAGAAAACAACACGUUAUGUACAACUUGUUUGACUGGCCAAACAGAGCAAACAGCAAACUUGUGGUUAUUGCUAUCGCUAACACUAUGGACCUGCCUGAGAGAAUGCUGAUGAACAAAGUCGCUAGCCGUCUGGGUCUGACAAGGAUGACGUUCCAGCCCUACUCCCACUCCCAGUUGCUGGAAAUUAUCAACUCUAGGCUGGAGGGAACGGUUGCCUUUGAUCCUUCAGCUUGUAUCCUCGCUGCUAGAAAGGUAGCUGCAGCGUCAGGAGACGCGCGCCGCGCACUUGAUAUCUGUAGACACUCAAUAGAAGUAGCUGAACAGGCAGAAUCAGAUACAGUCACUAGUACACAUAUACAGAGAGCUAUAACAGACAUGUAUCAGAGUGUCAAAACUAGAGCUAUCAUGAACUGUACGCUGUAUCAGAAGAUAUUCCUAAAGUCAGUUUUGGGUGUUUUCAGAAGGAAGGGGGUGGAGGAGGCAGUCUUUAAAGAGGUAUACGAGGUCUUCAGUAGUCUCUGCCAGUUCAAGGUUCCUUCUCCCCACCCUGUGGGUCCAUCCUACAACUCUGUGUCGAACUAGGAGGGAGCAGGAUACUGCUUGUAGAACAAGGUCCUCCCUCACUUCAUACCCACAUUAGACUCAACUGUUCCCAGGAUGACGUAGUCUUCGCUCUCAAGGAAGCUGGUUGAUCUGUGGUUGAUCUGUGGUUGAUCUGUGGUUGAUCUGUGGCUCUUAUGUUUUCAUUUUCUAGACCCCCCCCCCCAAGGAAUUUGUCAUCUACAUUCCAUUUGGUUUUUUGUUUUUACGGUACAGAUGUUUCGGGUUUAACAAUUUGAUCAGUUGUUGGUGAUCGCUGAUUUUUAACUUUUUAAUCGUUUUCAAACCUUUUAACAAUCUUUAAAAUAUGGCGAAUUUACGUUUCAUCAAAUAUUUAUUGAAAAUUUACCAUUUUGUUUGUAUUUAUCACUUAUUAAUAUAAUUUAAAUAAUGUCAUGAUAACCUAAAUUAUCUAUCAUCAUUCAUUUAAAAGUAUCUUGAGUUUUUAAAACACCGUUUUCACAAAUUCAAACU